CGUAUUUCAUUGUGUAUAUGGACUGGCUCCUAACCAAUCCAGCACUGAAAAGAUGAGCUCUGCCUAGGAGUCCUUAAUCCAUUGUCUUUCAGUCCAGAGGGAUCACACUGAACACUGCAAAGUCCCAUUUGGAUCCAACUCAGCUGUCCAUAUUUAUAGGCUACAGCCUGAACACCGUUUAAUGCAGAACUGGCUUACCCGCAGCCAGAAACCUAACUUCAGAAACUGGCCUGCCAAAUUGUUCUGUUUCCAUUUUGCGUAAGGACCUGAGGAAGAAUGAUAGUGGCAAUUCUGAUGGUACCUUUUGCAGAAUGUUCUGUGAUAGUCCUUCAGUGACCAUUAUGAGUUCAGUGGGCAGAAGUCACAGCCCCUGUGUCUUAACAGAAAGAGAGCCAAACCUGAAGGACAUAUCUGACACUAAAGUCAAUUUCUAAUCCCUAUAACCCCAGUGGUGGUCAUUACAGGUACCACUGCCCUAGGAUGGCCAUUAUCAAGGGAAGACUUCUAAAGGUGCCUUUCACACCCAGAGGUUAGAUUACACAUAAUUAUUCUAGAAGUGAGAGUAGUCCUUCUCACAUUUCAAUCUUUCUAAGACUCCCUUUCAUGAUCACCAUUAUUUUGACAACAUGGUGGUUUGAUAUCAAGAAGCAAGGACAAACCCACUCAAAUCUUUUUGUAUUGAAGAUUAAUAAGGGGUUGGGAGUGGGCUGUCACCAUCUACUUUCUGAUUGCAAACCCCAUUCCAAGGGAAACUAGCACAGUUGUAAACAGAUUUUGACCAUGAUUUCUGAUUCCACAAAAAUGAUUCUCAGUCCCUCAGUUGCACAGAGGUUUUUGUUACUUUUGAAACUUUGCAGUGAACUUUUUGCCUCUCCAAGCAAUGCCAAGUGCUGCAACUUCUGCUCUUGUCAUUUUUCCCCUGGCAGAGAUGUCAUCAUCCGUAUAUGGCUCUAUUUCACAUUUCUUACUUUUUUUUUUAAUUUCCUUUAAAGGGCUAAUCAAGAAAGUGAAACGGUGCAAGCACAUGGUCAUUUUCUUAGUCCCAUUUUGGUUUCAACAAGUUUGGUUCCUCUUGUUCAUACCUCACUUUUUGAAGAAACUUCUUCAUCUAAGGUCCUCAAGGUCAUACUUUUCCCCUCCUUUUGGGAAGCCCCAUCUGGAUCCCCACUCCCUUUGUCUAACUGCAUGGUCUCCAGUUCUCUUGAUAGUCACAUAAUCAAUCUGGGACAGUUUCAAUUCUUGCAUAACCUCACAAGUCCAGUAUUGAUUAAAAAAAUAUACAAAGUAAAUGGACAUUUUUUCCAUUUGGGCUUAGUCUAGAGGUAAAGACUCCUUGAUACUGGUCCCAGCUAUUUUUCUAUAAAGGUACACUUGGAUGUACUCAUUUUCAUUAGGGGUCAAAAUCCAUGUCUCUGGCUUCCUUUAAAGCAUGUAAACCCUUUUUUAAAGGGCACCUUUAUUCUUAGAAUUCCUAUUAAUUGUAUUCUGCAGACAGUAGUUCACACUACCCUUUUUUGAACUAGCUUCAUGCAAGACUAGAAAUUUUUUGUUUUUGAAAGCCUAUUUUCCUAAUAACCAUUACUUCAGCUAAAAAUGUGUCGAGUUGCACAUUUUCAGUACACCUUCUUUAUUUGGCAUUCUUUGUAAAGUUAAGGCAUUUGUGCAUAUCAGUCCUCUUUUUCUCCUUGCUGGUCUUUUUCCCCAACUGUUUCAGAAGAGUUGAGUAGUUAUUACAUUGCAUGGAUAUUUAUAGCUUUGCGGACAAGACCAUGUCAUACAGAAAGGUCAUUCUUUGUUCAUAUCCUCUCCAAAUAGAAACUAGAGUCUAAAAUUAACAUGGGUUAGUGCUUGACUGACUGCAUUAAAUUUUGCUAUGAAAACUACAAUAAGCCUAUGUUGUUUUAACUUGGAACUCCUCCGGCAACAGCAGUGGCUUUUUUCUGGCCUUUUUUCAGUGUGGCCUUGGAUGGCAUUUGUGCAACAGCUACUUGCUCUUCAUUGAAUAUUUUCAUAAAUCCCUUUAAGCUGGGUAUAAUAUCCUGAUGUGGGCCUUCCUUUGUGGCAACGAUAAUCAGACGUAUGGAAGCCACACAGAAAUAGGAGCCUGCAACUCUGUCUUGCUGUUAUAAGGCUGGACCUUAUCAUAACAUAUCUAGAAGUUAUAUCCUUACUAUAGCCCUGUUCCUGUAUUCUGUCUCUUACAGUUAUAAAAAGCUUGAUAGCAGCAUUAAACCCAAAAUUUAAUGAGAGUUGACCUACUUAUCCAGCUGUAUCGUUUUGAACAGUGAUUCAUCUGUCUUCCACCGUUAUUGAAGAUGUCCUCUACAAAAUCUGAUUUAGAUGAUACAGAUCGUUUUGAGUAUUUACAGGCAUUGGUCACAGAGUUUCAAGAUACAGAUAAACAAGAGGCUAAAGAACAGGUGCUUGCAAACUUGGCAAAUUUUGCCUAUAACCCCAGUAACUACCAAUAUUUACGACAGCUGCAGGUCAUUGACCUUUUCCUAGACAUGCUUACAGAAGAAAAUGAAGCUUUUGUAGAAUUUGGAAUUGGUGGCCUCUGCAACCUUUGCCUGGACAAAGUUAAUAAAGAACAUAUUCUAGAGAGUGAUGGGGUACAACUUGUCACAAACUGUUUAUCAAGUCCAAAUGAAGAGACUGUCCUAUCAGCUAUAACUACCUUAAUGUAUCUAAUGACACCAGCAUCCCAUGAGCAGAUCACCACUGUUCCUGUUGUGGAGUGCAUGCUGCGGUUUUCCCUUUCCAGCAACAGCCGCCUUCGGAACUUGGCCAUUGUUUUUCUUGAGGACUAUUGUACACCUGAGCAAGUGGAGAAUGCCAGAAACUUUACAAAGCACAGUGCUUUAGGCAUACCUCUUCCAAAAGACUGAAAACAUUACAAAUAUUCUUAUUUUUAUGGUCGUAAAAGCAAAUCAUUCUGCUUCAAAGAAACCAGGUGGUGAUCACUGCAAAAAUGGAUCAUCACCAGUAGGUUUCUAUAUCAACAGAAAUACUGAAAAACUAUUGGAAGUUUGCAUAGGUAUUGCAUUAGUUAAUCUUGUAGUCGAAAUUGCAGGCUUCAUUUAUCUUUCUGUUGUCACAAACUUCUGAAGGAUAAUCAGUAUUAUGGACAGCCUGGUUCUGGACAUUACACAGGUUACCAUGGAUAUGAAGGUAGCAGCUUUUUCAUUAGCUUAGUUAGUUCUUUCAUUGUAUAAAGUUAUAAACUUCAUGGGCCUUCUACAGUGGGUGACUGUUGAUAUUUGCUCAUUUGUUACCCCCAGCUUGGCUGUACUUGUCUCAUUUCUGUAAACAGGUACACUCUUGCCUUUUUUAAACUCCGCUUUGUUGUACAGUAAAAGUGUAACGGUGUCAUAACAUCAGUUAAUACUACAAACACAAUAAUAAAACAUAAAGGAUAAGGGGCAGAUGAUCAUACAAAUGUAUAUCAUAUAAAAGUUUUGGAAGUGGGCUUUGAAAAACUUCUGCCAAAAUGACUUUUUUCUAAUGCUUUCUGUUAGAAAGCUGCUUUAGGCAAGGAUAAUACUAGAAGAAUUAUCUAUCAGUAUUUUUAGAUCCGUGAGUGAGGGCAAAUAGUGAGUUUUCCAUCUAUUAGGUGUACAUUUUUAUUAACAAAAACAGAAGAUUUGAGUACUGGAAUACUUGGAAGAACAUGUGGACACUUUCCAACAGCAA